AUGUUGCUGCUGCUGCUGCUGCUGCCACUGCUCUGGGGGAUAGAGGGACAGGAACCACACAGGGAUGGUUACACGUUGAAUGUGCAGGGACUGGUGGCAGUGCAAGAGGGCCUUUGUGUCUCUGUGCCCUGCUCCUUCUCCUCCCCUCACCACUUCUGGAUUCACUAUAUCCCAAGUUAUGGCUACUGGUUCCGGGAAAGGACCGAUGUUUACCAGGAUGCUCCAGUGGCCACAAACAACCCAGCUCGAGAAGUGCAGGAGGAGACCCAGGGUCGAUUCCACUUCCUCGGGGACCUGCAGACCAACAACUGCUCCCUGAGCAUCAGAGACGCCAGGAGGAGUGACCAGGGGACAUACUUCUUUCACCUGGAGAGUGGAAGGCUGAGAUAUUCUUACAAAUAUUUCCAGCUCUCUCUGUGUGUGACAGCCCUGACCCACACCCCUGACAUUCUCAUCUCGGGAACCCUGGAGACUGGCCACCCCAGGAACCUGACCUGCUCUGUGCCCUGGGCCUGUGAGCAGGGGACGCCCCCCAUAAUCUCCUGGAUUGGGGCCUCCUUGUUCUUCUUGCCUCCCAUCAGCACCCACUCCUCGGUGCUCACCCUCAUCCCACAGCCCCAGGAUCACGGCACCAGUCUCACCUGCCAGGUGACCUUGCCUGGGGUCAAUGUGACGACGACGAAGACCAUCUAUCUCAACGUGUCCUAUGCUCCUCAGAACUUGACUGUGGUUGUCUUCCGAGGUGAUGACACAGCAGUCACAGCCCUGAGGAAUGGCUCAUUACUCUCAGUCCUGGAGGGCCAGUCUCUGCGCCUGGUCUGUGCUGUUGACAGCAACCCUCCAGCCAGGCUGAGCUGGACACGAGGGAUCCAGACCCUGAGCCCCUCACAGCCUUUGAAUCCUGGGGUCCUGGAGCUGCCUCGUGUGUGCCUCAGGGAUGAAGGAGAAUUCACCUGCAGAGCUCAGAACCCUCUGGGCUCCCAGCACAUCUCUCUGAGCCUCUCCCUACAGGGUGAGUGCCAAGGGACUGCACACCAGACCCCUCCCAAUGACCUUCAGCUCCCAGGGAAACCAGGGCCCCUGGCAGGUUUGCUUCUGUUGGCCCUUGUGGAGGCGUCUGUGAAGAUCCUGCUUCUCUGUCUCUGCCUCAUCUUCCUCAGAGUGACGUCGCACAGAAGAAAGGAGGCAGAGUCAGCAGCCAGCAUGGAGGAUGCAAACACUGUCACGGUUCUUCUCUCAGGCCUGCAGACUGUGCUUCCAGAUGCCUCCUCAUCCAGGUCCUCCACGGUCUAA